UGUUGUUGGUGUGACACACCGAGCUGUCAGCAACAGGUUCUCUGAGUUAACAGCGCUGUUAAACUUGAACAUUUCUCCAACAAAGAGUGCUCUCUGCGGACAUUAAACCUCCGCGGUGUGUCUGGGAAACCCUCCCGGAGUGGUGGCUGAUAAGUUCGGGCCCCUCAGAAGCUCGGAAGUUGAUGUUUUUUGGCCGCAGUGAGAGAGAUGGCUGCAAGCAGUAGCUGAGGACGCCACCAGGAGUUCCCCCUCUCUGCAAAUAUGAAUGGUGGUCCAAGCGUAUGGGCUAUCUCUCCAGAGGAGAGGAGCAAACAUGACCAGAAGUUUGACACCCUCUCCCCAUCAUUGGGCUAUGUCUCAGGGGAGCAGGCGAGAAAGUUUUUCCUUCAAUCGGGGCUGCCUGCCUCAGUGUUGGCUGAGAUAUGGACUCUGGCUGAUAUGAAUAAAGAUGGGAAGAUGGACAGGUUGGAGUUUUCCAUUGCAAUGAAGCUCAUAAAGCUAAAACUCCAGGGUACAUCGCUUCCCUUAGCACUGCCAAUCAUCAUGAAGCAGCCUCCUGUGCCUGCUCCCACCCUCAAUAACCCCACCUCAUCAAUGGCCAAGCCAGCCUAUGGUAUGGGUGCUGUGCCUAACAUGUCCAUGAUGCCUGGGACAAACCUUGCCAUGUUGACCCCUAUCUCUAUGGCAACCCCUGGACUCUCACCUCUGACACCAAUGACAGGCCUCACCCCUUUGGUUACUACAACAACAGGUCUGAGCCCUCUAAUAGCCUCAACCCCCAACAGGCCCCUGAUGCCCACCGUGGGAAACGCCACCAUGCCAAACGGCACCAUGGGAAUUCUCCAACCAAUCCCAGCUGCAGCUCUGGCCACUGGCCUACCUUUCUCUGCGUCCUCCUACCCCUCUCCGCUAGGACUCUCCUCCGGUGCUCCUUCUGGUAUGAACAAGGCCUCAUCACUGCUGGACCUGGGAUCUAUCAGCUCCACUUCCUCAUCACCCUCUGUGAUGUCCCCAAUGGUUACUGGUCCCAGUGACUGGGCUGUACCACAUGCCUCCAGGCUCAAAUACAGACAGCAGUUCAACAGCCUGGAUAAACAGAUGACUGGAUACCUCACUGGUCUGCAGGUGAGAGGUGCAAUGGCAACCACAAUGCUGACUCAGACACAGCUGGCUUCCAUCUGGAAUUUAGCUGAUGUGGAUAAGGAUGGCAAGCUAAAAGCUGAAGAGUUUGUUCUGGCGAUGCAUCUUGUGGACAUGGCAAAGACUGGACAACCACUGCCGCUAACACUGCCAACUGAGCUGGUACCACCCUCACAAAGGGCUGCAGUGAAUGGAUCCAGCCCUUCUCCAUAUGCAGCUCUGACUGAGGACUUGGACAUUGAACCACCACAGAAAGCUAAAGCCAACUAUUCCUUUGAGGAUAAAUUCAAAGCUAACCUGGAGCGAGGGAAUGCAGAGCUGGAGAAAAGACGACUGGCUCUGCAGGAGGCGGAGAGGAGGGAGCAGGAGCGGCGCGCUCAGAAGCAGAGAGAGGAGCAAGAGAGGAGAGAGAAGGAGGCUCGGGAGGCCGAGGAGAGGAGGAAGAAAGAGGAGGAGAGGAGGCUGGAGAGACAGAGGGAGCUGGAGAGGCAGAGAGAAGAAGAGCGACAGAAAGAGAUUGAGAGAAAAGAGGCUGCACAGCGAGAGCUUGAGCGCCAGAGGAAGGAGGAGUGGGAGAGGAGGCGGCGAGGAGAGCUCCAGAUUAAGAGGGAGCAGGAGCAGGAUGAUAUCAUCAGAUUAAAGGCUAAGAAAAGGAGCCUGGAGAUGGAGCUGGAGGCUGUGGGUAACAAACACCGCCAGAUCUCAGACCGGCUGCGUGACUUUGACAACAAGAAGAAGCUUCAGAAGACAGAGCUGGAUCUGACCAAUCAAAGGAUAGAGACACGCCAGCAGGACAUUAACAACCUGCAGAAACAGCUAGAGGAGUUCCAAAGGAAGUUGUCGCAGCUGACUCCAGAGCAGAAGAGACUGACUGAGAAACUGAAAAACAUGGCUCUGAAUAACCUGCCUGCGUCGACCAUGUCCACCCUGAAGGUGGGCGUCACAGAGAAAAAAGGGACAUGUAUGAAACUGCAAGAGCAGCUGAAAACUCUGGAGAAAGAGACUGCUGCCAAACUGGCUCAGAUGGACCAGUACAACAAGGAUAUGCAGGAACUGAGGGAGAGCCAGAGAAAGCAGCAGGCAGCGCUAGAGAAACUACGGAGCAUCAAAGAGGACAAACGGCGUGAGCUGAUUCGAAGGAAGGAGCAAGAAGAGGAGAAGAGGAGGGAGGAGGAGAGGAGACGGAGGGAGGAAGAGGAAGCUCAGAGACGUAUUAAGAUGGAAAAAGAGCGUCAGUGGCAGGAAAAACUGAAGAGGGAUGAAGAGGAGCGUCAGAGGAAGCUUCAGGAGGAGAGAGAGGCCAAAAAGAGGGAGGAGGAGGAGAAAGAGAGACAAGCUCUCAUCCAGGCUGCCAAGGAGCAAGCUGAACGAGAGCUCAGAGCAAAGGAGGAGGCAGAGCGGAAGAAAAGAGAGGCAGAGGAGAGAAAGAGAAGAGAAGAGGAGGAGCGGCAGAAGCAAGCAGAGAGACGGAGGCAGGAGGAGAAAAGACGGAAAGAAGAGGAGGAUCGACGCAGGAGGGAGGAAGAGAGGAAGAGGCUAGAGGAGGAGCGGAGAGAGGAGGAGCGUAGAAGAGAGAGGGAGGAGGAGGAGAGGAGGAGACAAAGGGCGGCCGAGGCUGCUGUCAGAGAUGCAGAGGACAGGAGAAAGCGAGAGGAGGAGGAGAGAAGGAAGAGAGAGGAGGAGGAGAGGCGAAAGAGGGAAGAAGACAGGAGGAAGCUUCAGCAGCAGCAGGAGGAGGAGAGGAGAAAGCGUGAGGUGGAAAGGAAGAGGGCGGAGGAGGAGAAGAAGAGAAAGGAGGAGACAGAGGAGAGAAGGAAAGCCGAGGAGGAGAGAAAGAGGAAGGAGGAGGCAUCUCGUCAGCAGCAGCAGCCAAGUGGAGGCAAGGUGGAUAUUCAGGAGAAACUGACGGCUCUGCUGAGAGGACUGGAGGAGAGGAAAGGCGGACAACCCAGGGCCACACAUCACAGGAAGUCAGCGGCUCUCACAUCCUUCAAAGCGCUCUACCCGUUCACUGCACGCAACAAUGAAGAACUCAGCUUCAAUGCAGAUGAUAUCAUCGAGGUUGAUGAGACGACAGAGCGGGAGGAGGGUUGGCUGUAUGGCAGCAAACAGGGAAAGAUGGGCUGGUUCCCAGAGAGCUAUGUCGAGAGAGUGGCCCCAUCAGACACAGCUAAUAAUGCUGCUGCUGCUGCUGCUGCUGCUGCUGCUGCUCCUAAAAUGCAACUUCAGUCACAGCUUUCCAGUGCCCUUGAGGCUGCCAUGGCAGCAGGAACAAAGUCUGCCUUCACACCAACACACUCUCCAAACCCUGCACCCUCUGAGACACAAGGACAGCAGGUAGUGGGCAACCUGUUGGCCCAGGCCCUGUGUUCUUGGACAGCAAAGACAGACAACCAUCUGAACUUCAAUAAGGAUGACGUCAUUCAGGUGUUGGAGCAGCAGGAGAACUGGUGGCUAGGAGAGCUGAAUGGUGAACAGGGUUGGUUCCCCAAGACAUAUGUGACACUGCUGGGAGAAGAAGAAAGUUCGGACAUGAAGAGCUCCCCUCCUGAUGCUUCAGAGUCUACCGAUGGCCUGCAGCUUGAAGAAUACGUGGCAUUGUAUACCUAUGAGUCUCCGGAGCCUGGUGACCUGACGUUUAGAGAGGGAGAUGUGAUCUUGGUGAGCAAGAAAGAGGGCGAGUGGUGGAACGGCUCUAUAGGUGACUGCACAGGCCUCUUCCCCAGCAACUACGUCAAACCGAAAGAGACAGAUACAUCAAGCAUAUCUGGAAAGAAGAAACCAGAAAUAGCCCAAGUGCUUCGGGCCCACUCCUCUACCGGCCCUGAACAGCUAAAUCUGGAAAAUGGCCAGCUCAUCCUUAUCCUCAGCAAGAACGCUUCUGGCUGGUGGCUUGGAGAACUACAGGCACGUGGUAAAAAGCGUCAGAAGGGCUGGUUCCCUGCCUCUCAUGUCAAAAUAUUGGGCUCCAACAGCGGCAAGUCCACACCAGCGCCCCAACCAGUCUGUCAGGUGAUAGCCAUAUACGACUACACAGCCGCCAACGGGGACGAGAUGAGCUUCUCCAAAGGUCAGCUGAUCAACGUUUUAGACAAGAAUGACCCUGAUUGGUGGAAAGGAGAGAUCAACGGGGCCACUGGUCUCUUCCCCACCAAUUACGUCAAGUUGACCACAGCAGAUUGUGACCCCAGCACGCAGUGGUGUGCAGACCUGAACAGCCUGGACUCACUGAGCCCCCAGGAGAAGAAGAGACAGGGUUACAUCCAUGAGCUGAUCCAGACUGAGGACAGAUACGUGGAGGACCUGCAGAUAGUGCUGGAGGUUUUCUAUAAGCCUAUGUCAGAGUCGGGCCGGGUGAAGGAUUCAGAGAUGACCAUGAUCUUUGUCAACUGGAAAGAACUUCUGGCCUGCAACACAAAACUUCUCAAGGCGCUACGCGUUCGUAAGAAGAUGGGCGGGGAGAACAUGCCGGUGCAGAUGGUCGGAGAUAUCCUGUCCACGGAGCUGUCCCACAUGCAGCCCUACAUCCGCUUCUGCUCGUGCCAGAUCAACGGAGCCGCGCUGCUCCAGACGCGCAUCGACAACGAGCCGGACUUCAAGAACUUCCUCAAGAAAAUUGCCACAGACUACAGGUGUAAAGGCAUGCCGCUGUCCAGCUUCCUGCUAAAGCCCAUGCAGAGGAUCACACGCUACCCGCUUCACAUCAAAAAUAUUCUGGAGUGCACCGCAGAGGGCCAUGCUGACCGGGGUCCUCUGAAAGAGGCUCUGGAGACAGCAGAAGAACUUUGUCAACAGGUAAACGAGGGCGUGAGAGAAAAGGAGAACUCUGACAGACUGGAAUGGAUUCAGAACCACGUUCAGUGUGAUGGCGUUGCAGAGAACAUGGUCUUUAACUCUCUCACCAACUGUUUGGGCCCCAGGAAGCUGCUCCACAGCGGCAAGAUGUACAAGGCAAAGAGCAACAAGGAACUCUGGGCUUUCCUCUUCAACGACUUUCUGCUUUUGACUCACGCGGCAAAACAGUUCACAUCGUCUGGGCCUGAUAAACUGUUCAGCAACAAGAACAAUGCACAGCUCAAGAUGUACAAGCCACCUGUACUGCUAAAUGAAGUUCUGGUGAAGCUGCCGGAUCCUUCCAGCGACGAGCCCGUCUUCCACAUCUCACACAUCGAUAGAGUCUAUAUACUCAGGACAGACAACAUCAAUGAACGGACAGCGUGGGUUCAGAAGAUCAAAGCUGCGUCUGAAGAAUUUAUUGAAACAGAAAAGAAAAAAAGGGAAAAGGCCUAUCAAGCACGGUCUGUGAAGGGUAAUGGAAUCGGCAGACUCCUGGUCACCAUCUUGGAGGCCACUGAGCUCAAGGCGAGCAAACCCAAUGGUAAAAGUAACCCCUACUGUGAAGUGACCAUGGGAGCUCAGAUCUUCACGUCCAGAACGCUCAACGACACUCUCAACCCCAAGUGGAACUUCAACUGUCAGUUUCAUAUCAAAGACCUUUACCAGGACGUCCUCUGCAUCACCAUCUUUGAAAGAGACCAGUUUUCUCCUGAUGAGUUUCUGGGUCGGACCGAGGUUCCUGUGGCCACCAUAAAGAAAGAGUUUGAAAACAAGGGAGCGGUUACACGUCGUCUACUGCUGCAUGAGGUUCCUACAGGGGAAGUGUGGGUCCGCCUCGACCUGCAGCUCUAUGGCAACAAAUAGCCAUAAAGGGUGAACUGAAACGAUAAUGGAGUCUUCUACUGAGACAUUCAACUAAGGAUAUUUUCUUCCCGCAGAGAAACCAAAUAUGAAAAGCUGCUUUUUGUCACCUAAAGAAACUCUGACCCCCCCCGAACUGUAUUUCAAACAUCAUGCCUUAAUAUUUGAAUAUCAACCAGCAUAAAUAAUACCUCUUCUGAUGUCAUCUGAAUCUUCUAGUAGGGAUUAGGGCCUUCUUGACAUCAUCUGUACCCACCAACAGGAGUCAGAUCUCGCCUUUUUUCUGGUUCAUGACCAGCGAUGGAGAAAUAGAAAGGGUUUCAUGACUGGUGCAAUGGUUUGCACCUGCACAUUAUGUACUGCACGCUCUGUAGGAGUUAAGAGGAAGGACCACAGCCACAGUAGAGACACAGUGUGUCACUGAAUCUGUGUCCUCUGCUGUAACAAUAACCUUCACAGGAAGGUAGAGCUGGACAAAGACUGUUGAGAAGCAACAAACCGCAAUACUAUUAAUAAAGCAACACAGCUGUAAUUAUAAAGGUUCUUAUCUACUCUACUAGACUGUCACGGCUCUGUAUCUUUUACAACAGUUAGUUUUUAAAUAUUUAGUGAUUGAGACACACUUUGCCAAGUCUGGUCACCCAAGGCCAUUUAACGUGUAGUUAGGUAAGUUGAACUACGCGAUAUGUACUGUAUAUGUUGAAGAUAUUUUUUUCAGAAGAAGUCAUGACGGAUGGUUGUCGAGGGACUGUCUGAUCUGUAACAUGUCAUCUUCUCACAGUGACAUUAAGCGCAUCAUAAGCAGCAGAUGAUGGACAGUGGCACAGACACUGUCGAGAUGAGUUUUUUGUCAGGCGCUCUGGCCUGGAGUCAGUUUACUACUGUAGAUCUCAGGAUACCUUGUUCUGGGUUGAGUCUGUGUUCAUCUGUGUGUGCCUGUGUGUGUGUGUGUGUGCGCGUGUGCAUGCAUGUCUUUGGAGUGUAGAAGUAGAGUAACGUAUAAAUAUCUUCAGCCGAGGGCUCUUGAUGCUGCAACUUUUGGAGUUAACUCGUAACUUCUGGCCUUAAUGCAAGUCAUCUUUUUAGUCUUUUAAAGUCGAUCAGUUCAUUGGGAUGAUUCUGGUCUUGAUGGUGGUCUCGGGAUUUAUUAGCUUUUUUCUUUUGUGUGCAAAAUCAGCCAAGGCCAAGUAGUUUGAGUGCAAGAUAGUGUAGGUGAAAAAAUGACGCAGGUAUGAAAAGUUGAAUUGAUGAGCGUUUCCCCCUGCUCCAGCUGGGUCAGCUGUUCCCGCCUUCCUCUUAAGUGUGGAGGAUUUUGAGAAUGUCAAUAUUUUGAGGCAGCACAGAUUGGCAGCUUGUCAGCAAUAAUAAACAGUAUUUGCUCUCUUGUAUGUUUGUUCUUUACACUUUUACCCUGCCAGUGAGAUUUUUAAGUGUCAUGCUCCAGUCCCCACCUCACUGACAGCAAUGUUGUCCUUCUCUGUUGCCUCAAAAAGUUGCCCUUUCUAAACAUCCGCAUGAAAACGUUGCAAGCAUAUUAAUGUGUAAAAGCUUUUUAUUUAUGUUGUUGGUUGAUUUUUUGGUGUCUUCUUCUGCCUUAUUCUUACUUUUGUCGUUUGCAUCUGUUUUUUUUUUUUUUCUAACUCUGAGCGGAUAUUAACUAAAAAGUGUUGUAUUUAUUUCUUAAUUUAUGCGUGUUUGACUAUCCAAAGGUUUGGAGCGGCUUUGCUUGCUGUGUCAUCUUGGAUAAUCAGUUGGUAUCCACUGGGUUUAUUUUGUGUGUGACAUCAAAUAUUAAAGAUGUGUUCAUCGGACACAUGUUGAUACUGUUUUGAAAGGCAAUUAAACAUCUUAGAUGAUUGAGUUUUACUGUAAGUAGACUAGGUCACUAGUCAUUUUGUUAGGCCUGCUGUUUUGUGCUCUUGUAUUUGAUUAAUUUGUCUUCUUCAAUCAACAGAACUCUCUUUUUAAGUCCUGUGUUUUGAUUGUUUUUGAAUUUGUGGAAAAUGUACAAAUAGACUGGACUACCUUCCUCAUCUGUGUAGGGGUGUUUAAAGUUUGUCUUUUAUUUACUUUGUGUUUUCCACAGCCUUCUGCAUUUGACUGCUGCUGUGCUAACUGAGUUUAUGGCCUCUUCAACCCAGAUUGUCUGAUCAGACUGGAGUCUCUAACCUGCUGUUUGUACUCACUUUGGCCUCCAUGUGGCGCUCAAUCAGGGUUUCUUAAGUCAAAUUAAAGACAUUAAAAAUGAACAAACUGUCAAAUUAUUGGCUGGCUGAAGAAAAGUGACAAAAGUGGUUGUCCAGUGCAUCGCAUAGUGGACAAUACUGUUAUUAUUUGAUAAACUGUAGUCACUAUAUUGUGAUGCCUCGGUGCCGCCCACAACUGUGGCUGGAGGUAUCAUGUUUUUAGGUUGCCCAUCCGUCUGCACAUACGUACGUACGUCCCUUUCUCAUGAAUGCAACAUCUCAGGAA